AUGGACGGACAGGUCAGGGCGGAGCCAGCCUGGGCGCACACGGUGCUGCCGCUGCCGGAGGCGGUGCGGGAGUUCGAGGAACAAAUCCAGGCCGGGCUGCAGACCCUGAAGGACGACAGGGACAAACUCCUGGAGCUCCGGGAGGCUGAAAUGAGGAGAAACUGGGAGUGUUUGGAGCGGACCGAGGCGGAGCGGCAGCGCCUCCUGUCCCAUUUCCAGGGGCUGCGCCUGUGCCUGGAGGAGCUUUCGCGGCGCCUCCUGGCGCGGCUGCGGCGCCUGGAGAGCGACAUCGGGCGGGCGCAGGAGGAGAAGGUGACGGCGCUGACCCAGGAGAUCUCCCGGCUCGAGAGCCGCGCCCUGGAGCUGCAGCGGCGGCGGCGGCAGCCGGCGGGCGCCUUCCUGCAGGACAUCAGCAGCACCUUGAGCAGGUAAGGAAAUGAAAAUUUCCAGCUGCCCCCGUCGCCUCUUCCAGAUUUGGAAAAUAAAAUUCAACAUUUCAGGGAGGAAAACGUUCCGCUGGAGGAGACGCUGAGGAGAUUCCGAGGUAUUGGAGCAGACAUCCUGGCCUUCGAGCUGCCGGAGAAAAAGACCCCCGGGAGUGGGACAGAGACCCCCAGGAAUGGGGCAGAGGCCCCUGGGAGUGGGACAGAGACCCCCGGGAGUGGGACAGAGACCCUCAGGAAUGGGGCAGAGACCUCUGGGGGCUCCGAGUGGGAGCUCUGGUCCAUGGGGCUCUGCCAGGGCCAGUUCUGGGCUCUCACCUCCCUGGAGCGCGUCCCGCUGUUCCUCGCCCGGGUCCCCAGCAGGGUGAGGGUGGCCCUGGACUACGAGAGGGGCCAGGUGGCGUUUUUCGAUGCCGACGAGAGGAGUUUGAUCUUCGCCUUCCCGGCGGCCUCGUUCCAGGGGCAGAGCGUCCGCCCCUGGUUCCUGGUGUGGGGAGAGGGCGCCCGCAUCACCCUGUGCCCCUGAGCGCCCCCAAAUCCCGGGGUUUUCGCACCAUUCCCGGCUCUCCCAGGGAUUUGUGGCUGCUGGAGUUGCUGAGCACCCCUCGGGGUCGCUGUCCUGAGGUGUCACCCCCAAAUCUGGGGGCUGAAAACGGAGCUAAAUCUGUCCCACCCCAUCCUGUCCCACCCCAAU